AUGAUGGACCCUUGCACUCAUCGCUCUACGACGACAGCCCUGGCACGGCUCAGCCGCUCUCGUUGCUUUUCGAUACGAUACAGACUAUGCCCGCAGCAUCCAUUUCCGGCUGGCCUCCUGGAUGCGCUGGUGGCAUAUCUAUCGCUCCUCUCGCCUGCUGAAGGUGCCCUUUACGAAGCCGUACCGGCUAAGAAGAUAGUAUUCGCCGGAGACUCUGCUGGCGGUGGCCUCUGCCUAGGACUGCUCCAGACCCUCCUGACACUACGAGAGAUUAUCCCGUCCAAGACAAUUCGUUUCCAUGGAAAAGAUGUACCACUGGAUCUUCCCGCUGGCAUUGCUACGACCAGUCCUUGGUGCGAUAUCACCCGCUCCCUGCCAUCUACCUUUGAGAACGCAAAGUAUGACUACGUUCCUCCGCCACCACAAAGGCCAGGCACCAUAUUUACUCCUCUGCCUUUCCCGCCAGACCAUCUGUGGCCUACGGUGCCGCCACGAGUGGACUUGUACGCAAAUGCGAACAUGAUGGCUCAUCCCUUCACCUCACCGGCCGCUAGUCCAAAGGGUAUCUGGAAGGGCGGCCCGCCAAUGUACAUUGCAGUGGGCGAGGAGCUCUUGCAUGAUGAUGGUGUGUAUAUGGCCAGAAAAGCCCAUCGAGACGGUGUUAAUGUUGUGCUCGAGCGGUACGAAGGAAUGCCACAUUGUUUCGCCUUGCUUGCUCCCAACGUCCCUCAAUCUCAGCGCUGUCUCAAGGGCUGGGCCAAGUUCUGCGUCGAUACAGUACAUGACCGUGUGAAAGGUUGCGGAGAAGCCCAAUUCUUUAACCACAGCUUGACAAAGACAGAUAUUCGCAGCCUCGAUGAUAUUGGUACCUUAACGGACGAUGAAGUCGAAAAGCUGAUCAAGGCUGGCAGAGAUUGGCGUAUUGAUGGAGAGCAUUUGCUGCAGAAGGUGUGGAAGGAACAGGAACUGGAUUCCUAA